CGGCGGAAGUAAACAGAAGGUGUCUGUGCUCUACCUGCAUAGAUCAAGUGAGCUAACUCACGGAGGCGAUCAAUAAAACUCCGUGCAGUCUCAAUCAUAUUUCAGUAGCGAUGUCUUCAGUCGAGUAUUUGAGAGAGUUUGUCAACGAGCGACUGACUGCUGCUGCUGAAGAAAUAUUCAGAGUUUUUAAGAAAACUAUCGUCGAGUACGAGGAGGAGAUCGACCGUCAGCGCAGACUUUUCAUUUGGAAACCUGACACAACAUUAGACAGAACAGAGCUCCCACAGCAACAUGUUUACAAGGAGGAGGAGGUGCUGGCUCAUCAGCAGCUCUGUGACCAGGAGCAGAGUUUCAGUCUGGACCAAGAGGACCCAGCAGAGCCUCCACAGAUUAAAGAGGAACAGGAGGAACUGUGCACCACUCAGGAGGGAGAGCAGCUUGUAGUGAAGCUGGAGACUGAUACCUUCAUGUUGAUUCCUCCCUAUGAAGAAAGUGACCACAGUGAACCCGAAUCAGAAAGUGACCACCAGCUCCUGUCUUACAGCUCUCAUGUAGCUGAGAGUCAAGAUCAGACAGGAGGUAAUCAUCAAGACUCUGGACCAACUAGAGACAAAGAGCCAGAACCAAAGAAAAGACAUUACAAAAGCAGAAGCCAACAUGUGUACAACCCUAACUUGUCACAGAUUCGCUGUAAUACUCAGAAAGGUAAAAAGUCUUUCAUAUGUGACACAUGUGGAAAGGCCUUUAAUUUUAAGUCCAAUUUAAAUGAACACCUGAGAAUCCACACAGGUGAAAAACCAUAUUCCUGCGACACCUGUGGGAAAACGUUCUGUCGGACAUCAGACUUGAACACUCAUAUAAGAACCCACACAGGUGAGAAGCCGUAUUCAUGCGAUACCUGCGGGAAACGGUUCCGCCGGACGUCGGAGUUAAAAAACCACAUAAGAACCCACACGGGUGAGAAGCCCUACCUUUGCAGAACCUGUGGGAAAGAUUUCUCACGCAACGAGGCCUUGAAAAUCCACAUGAGAAGAGCCCACACAGGUGAGAAGCCGUACCUUUGCAAGAUCUGCGGGAAAAGGUUCUUUGAUGCUUCCCAUUUGGCGAAGCAUAUACGGGCUCAUUCAGGCAAGAGGCGUUGAAUUUUCAAAACUACGUGAUUCAGUUCUACUGGUUUGUGGUCAAAACACACAGGAACUCGUAGAAGUGAGAAAGCCACACACUUGCAGGACUUUUGGGAGAACUUCAAAUCAAAUCAAAAAAACACCCGAGGAACAAGAAAACACAGGAGAAACCAUCGAGUUGAAACUCUUGUGGAGACGUGUUCACCAGCUGAAUGAAACAGACUUUGCAGUAUCUACAUCUCUGUAACUAAAUGUACAUUUUUCAUAAAAGAUUAGAUGUCAUUACUAAUGUAUAACAAUGGCUGCACAUGACUGUAUUACUUCUGUUUCUCUUGGCAAGCAUAUUUCUUUAAAUAAUCGUGAUCUCAAAAAUGAUGAAUGUUUUUUUCACAGUAGUGACUUUUAAAUGGUGUGAUGUUGGUUUUGCCAAAUGUCUAUUUAUGAAGUAUCUAAGAUCACUUUUAGUUUAAAGUUUUGGAAGGACUGUCCAUGUGAUGCCACUGUUUUUAUAAAAGGAUUUGAUCCUUAAAUAUAGGAUUAAAUGUGAUGUGCCGUCUUUUUGCUGUUUUAUAUAGUGAAUACUAUUUAAGGCCUACGUGAUAUGACGACAUGUAAUCGUGUGACAGUAGAGAAAUGUCUGUCAUAUUAUAUUCUGCUAUUGUUUACUCUGUGUUGUGACAAAUCGCACUCUACAGCACAAUGCUUUAUUAUUUGGAUGGUGCUUUGCAUUCUUCCACAUGGUGGGAAAUGUGCAUGAAAGGAAUACAAACAAAGAUGGAGGAGACUGAACAUGGCACAGAAUUGUAUAAUGAAAGAAACUGGACGAUCUGACCGGCCAAGGAAACAUUUAUUAUGUUUGUAACUAUUUUCAAGUGUUUUCUAUUUACUUGUAUAUAUUUUAUAUAUUCAUGUUUGAUAUUUUCUUACAUGCAUAAUGGAAAGAUCCUACAAAGGUUCUUAAUUAAAGGAGAAAAUCAUCAAAAUAUGAAUAAAUACAGUUUUUAGCAGUUUAUUUAUUUUUUAGUUUUAUAUAAACGAUCAGAU